AAAUGAUCAAUGUGUGUGCAAUCUGCCUUAUUGGUAUUAGUCGAACAAGGCCACUAUUGAAUUGCAGCAAUUGCGUCACAACCUUGAGAAGUUUAUCAUUUCAACGAAAAAUUUCAGGAGAGACUUAUCUUUUUACGCAUGAACAAAAUAAACCACUGUAUAAAACGGCUAUUGAUGUUAGGUUCAUAGUUGAAAAUUUAGACCUGUUUAAACGAAGCAUCAAAGCCCGAAAAAUUGACAAUAUUGACAUUGAUCAACUGAAGUUACUCUAUAACGAUUUGCGACUAUGGAACUCGAAAGAAACUGAAGUCAUUUUGAAACUAGACGAUAUAGAUAGAAAAAGAUUAUCGGUCGCUGAUGAUGAAUUGGAAAAAUUGAAGCUUCUGGCUAGGAUUUAUAAAGAUAAGGUUGUGAGUCUAGAAAAGGAGAUUCAUGAAAUUGUGGCUUCUGUGCCAAACUUACUAGACCACGAUACAACUCAGGAUUCGGGAUUGAAAGUGUUGGAGACUCGAAAAGUUGAAGGACUUCCUGUUGAAAAUGUACAAAAAUUGAAGGAGCAUGAUAAUCUGGCGGGAUAUCUGAAUAUUCUGAGACAACCCACGAGUGGAUAUGUCACUAAUAGCAAAGGUUUCUUUCUGACAGGCGCGGGAUGCUACCUGGAGCGAGCCUUGAUACGAUUCACAGAAGACUUCCUGACUAACAAAGGAUCCUUCAUUCCCAUGACUGUACCUUUAUUGUUGACACCAAAAAUUAUUGAGGGAUGUGGUCAAAUUGUCAGCGGCGAGAGAAGUCCUGUGUACACUUUGAGCGACGAUUUCAACUAUAUGAAUGACCCGAUUUGUCUGGCAGGAACCUCGGAACACUCUCUGGUGGGAUAUUUGAUGCGGGCAAGUAUACAACCUGCCUCUCUUCCUCUGAGAUUGACGGCCACUUCGCCCUGCUUCCGGGCGGAACUGACGAUGGGCAGGCACUCUAGAGGCAUCUUCAGGGUCCCACAGUUCAACAAGGUAGAGAUGGUGGGUGUUGCAAAGGAUUCAAUCACAGGGGAGCUUUUAUUCGAUGAGUUUGUCUCCAUUCAGAAAGAGCUGUUCGAUGCCAUUCAAAUUCCGUACAGGGUCAUAGAAGUACCUGCCGAUGAUCUAGGUGCUCCUGCUUAUCGCAAAAUCGACAUUGAGGCAUACUUGCCCGGAAGAAAAGAGUGGGGCGAAAUCUCAUCUUGCUCAAACUGUACGAACUUUCAGUCUCAGAGACUCCAUAUUACUAGCCAAUCAGAGUUCGUUCACACUGUCAAUGGCACUGCAUGUGCAACUCCGAGAAUGAUAAUUGCCAUUUUGGAGAACUAUCAAAGAAAAGAUAAAUCAAUUCAAAUUCCCCGAGUGCUGCAACAGUAUAUGCCUGAGUUCUGCCGCGACCAAAUUUCUGCUGAGCAGCCUGGAAAAAUUGAUAAAUUACAAGGAUUGAAGUUCUCAAAGUUGUCUUUCAAGAAGAAACCUCAUUACAUAAGGAAGCAUGGUUUUGAUUGAAAUAAGUUGCUUUUAUUUAUGUUUUGAAAAGAUUGUUUCUUUCUCAA